AUGGCUUCUGGUCGGCCUUUGCCCAAGUUCGGCGAGUGGGACGUAAACAACCCUGCCUCUGCUGAAGGAUUCACAGUCAUAUUUAACAAGGCUAGAGACGAGAAGAAGACCAAAAAUAGUCCUGCAAAAAUUGUGUCCCCACGAAGAACUGAACCUGUGUACAACCAAAAUGCCAAAAAAGAGAAUUAUAAGCAUCCUCCAAAGAGGAAUUGGCUUUGCUGUAGUUGA